AAGUUUAUAAACUCAGAAUCACGUUGGGAAUUGAUUCGUUUCAAGUUGGAGAUUGAAAAUAGAUCAAAGAUUUGCGAGCUUUGAUCGGAGCUGCGUGUUAUUUCUUUCUUUUUUUUUUAAAUAUAUUCUAAGGAUUUCUUCUCUUCUUUCCUGGGUUUUUUCACGUUCUUGGACUCCAGGAUGCCCCAGACGACACCUUUUGCAGCCAAGUUUCCUCAGAACCCGUAUGGAGGAGGCCAUGCUCGCUACAAACCCGUGGAGGAGAGCUACGGGGGGCUGAGAUAUCACGACAACAACCUGGUAUCCGGAUCGCUCGAGGCUCUCAUACAGCACCUCGUCCCCACUGUGGACUAUUCACCUGAUAGGUCGUACAUCUUCACCUUCCUGCUGAGCUCGCGUCUCUUCCUGCACCCGUUCGAGCUCAUGUCCAGAGUGUGUUACUUGUGUGUGGAACACCACCGAGUCGGCGACCCUCAGAUUGAUAAGAAGCGAAUCCGAGACAUCGCGCCGAAGAUCGUUCAGCUUCUCACCGAGUGGACGGAGACGUUUCCGUACGACUUCCGGGACGAGCGCAUGAUGCGCAGCCUGAAAGAGAUGACGCACCGUCUGGCGUUUGGAGAUGAGUUGUCCCGGAGAGCGAUGCAGCGUCUGAUCCAGCGACUCCUGCGCAAACUCACCAUCCUGGGACAGUACGAGGAGUCUCUGGUGACGUCCAGCACGCCCGUCACACCGUCCUCGCCAGUUGCGUCGGCGGGCGAGAAACUGUCUGCUCUGAAGGCGAAGCAGCACGUGCGGAGGGACGAGUGUAUCCUGAACGUGUGUGACGACCCGUUCAUCCUCGCUCAGCAGCUCACGCACAUCGAGAUGGAGAGACUCGGGUACAUCGGCCCGGAGGAGUUCGUCCAGGCGUUUGUCCAGAAAAGACCCACUGAUAACCAUAAGAGCUUUUUCAGCAAAAGGAGAGUCAGUAAUCUGGAAGCCUACGUCGAGUGGUUUAACCGCCUCAGCUACCUGGUGGCCACAGAAAUCUGCCUGCCGGUGAAGAAGAAGCACAGGGCUCGAGUGUUGGAGUUUUUCGUCGACGUGGCUCGGGAAUGCUUUAACAUCGGCAACUUCAACUCCUUGAUGGCGAUAAUUACUGGGAUGAACAUGAGUCCUGUGUCCAGGCUGAAGAAAACCUGGGGUAAAGUCAACACAGACAAAUUCGAGAUCCUGGAGCAUCAAAUGGAUCCGUCCAAUAACUUCUACAGCUAUCGUACUGCACUGAGAGGAGCCAAUCAGAGAUCAGCUACGGCUCACACCACCAGAGAAAAGAUCGUUAUUCCGUUCUUUAGCUUGUUCAUUAAGGAUAUCUACUUCCUUAACGAGGGCUGCGUCAGUCGACUGCCCAACGGACACAUCAACUUUGAGAAAUUCUGGGAGCUGGCCAAGCAAGUGAGCGAGUUCCUGGCAUGGAGGCAGGUGAUCUGUCCGUUUGAUAGAGACAGAAAAACCCUGCAGUAUCUCAUCAGCGUGUCCGUCUUCACAGACGAUGAGCUCCAGUUGGCGUCUUACGAGAGUGAAGGACCAGAGAACAACCUGGAGAGAGACACACGCCGCUCCCUCAGGACGUCUCUCAGCAGGAUGUAGAUGCCGAGGUUUGGGAGCACUGGGAGAGUCGGCCCUGACUGAAAUGAAAUGAAGUGAAACACUGCACAAAGCGUUUGGUUUAUAUGAAGAAAAUAUAAAUAUAUAUAUGAAUAAAGGAUCUCUGCCUAUAUUAAAUAAUGAGACUGGAUUCUCAUCAUAGCAUCAUCAUCUCUGUAUCGAGUAACACAUUCAUCUCAUCUCAUGUACCUCAUGUAAAGCAGUUUGUGUAAGCUUAGUGAAGUGUUAUAAGCAUUAUAAUCUUCUGUAUAAAUGAAGUGUGUCGCUGGCUGACCUCUUCUGUUACAUCGUGUAAGCUGUAAAUUGUAUUUCUAUGUUUUGUGUAUGUUUUUUUAAUGUCAUUUAAAUGUUUUUGUAUGGAUUCUGUGGCCUCGUGUAUAUAAUCUGGACUUUGCCUUAUAAAGAAAAUCUUGACGUAUAA